UGCCAUAUCUUCCUGCUUUUCUAGUGAUUGCACAUUCAUCCUAGCACAUUCACCAUCAGAGCUCCCCCACGCAUCUUUAAAGCAGCUCUCGAUUCCCCAUUCAAAUAUUGCCAAAACAGCUGAUCAUGACGAUGAGCUGAGGUUCCCCUCACAGCCUCAAAUUCAAGGCAAAACUACGUCUUUCACAUCCACGAAAUUCCAUCCAAGCUCCAAAGCCGAAAGCUCUCAUCCAGCAAAUCAUCUCACAAACACUCACACCACCAAUUGAGCCACCCCUCAAAUACAUCCAUCAACCUCAACCUCCGUAACACCAUUACCAAAAUCCCCAAAGCACCAUCUAUCAUCAUGUAUCGUCUCGCAAUCAACUCUGCCCUGCGACCCGCAGUCCGCACAUCCAUUCCAGCUGCCAGAGCAUUUACUGUAUCAGCACGCACCAUGGGCGAGGGAGACACCGGUGCUGCCCGAUUUGGCGGCCAACAGUAAGUAUUCCGUCCCUUCCAAUGCUACUUUACUAUCCAUCGUGGUAUUGAGUUCCGCAAAGGAAAGGGUAAGCUUCCUUUCACAUUCACAGCUACAAAACUAACACACUUUCUACAGAGAUGCUUUCACCAAGCGCGAAAAAGCCAAUGAGGAUUUCACCAUCCGCCAGCGCGAGAAUGAAAAACUCUUGGAGUUGAGGAAGAAAAUCAAGGAACAACGUGAACACUUGAAGAAACUCGAGGACCACAUGUAAGAACGCCCCUCUCCACUCAUUUAUAUCCCCUCCAUAACCCCUCAUGCCCUCACAACCAUCUACCUAAGCUAACCACCUCUCCCUUGCUCUAGUUCCGAAAUCGAGAGGCAAUCUGGCGGCGAGCAGAAGUAAGUAUGCACAUACAUUUAGAAAAACUUCUAGCAUCCACCCGCAUAUCCAUAUAUCCAUAGUCAGAAUUUGAGAAAUUUUAUUGUCCAUCGAUGGAUUCCACUACACCCCUCUCCUUUCCACAAUGCAAUCAAUAUUUUACUUUCUAUUCCUCUAUUCUCUAUCUUGCUCUUUCGCAGAACUUCGAAAUAGAAGAAAAUGCUAAAUGCUUUGGUUCACUACCAGCUAAAAUUAUUUGAAAACUUGCCAAAAAAAAAGUUACACCAGAUACGCAUAUGAGUGUGAGAGAGAAGGUAGAAAGAGGCGUCGGCUGAAGGAAAGAUGAUGAAUAGGAUGAAAAUAUGAUAUCAAGAUUGUGAUGAGAUGAUGAAUUUAUGGUCGUAUUAUUGGUGGUAUUAAUGAUUUGC